UUAAAGCUUCGGCACGGUUUCUUGGGUCUGGCAAGAGCACUGUCUCUACAGUUGAAUACGGGAAUGGUGACGGUGAAGCCCAUGAUUUAUUUCACAUGAGUAUUACAGGUCCAAAGGAAAGCGUAAUAGUAACUUUUGCUGUAACUGAUUUCUCCCCAGCUGCCUUUUACCAGAUUGCAGGCCGAAAUGAUGAAGUCCCAGUAUGGAAUAUAGAUAAUAAGAUACCUCUAUCUGUGAAGCGAGAUUGUCCCGCCCCUGGAUGUGAUACUUCAGGCUCGGGCAGUACGUCGGGCGCGCCUUCAGGCUCAGGCGAUACGAAUCAAGCCUAUCCGAAGCAACCGCCUCCGAACGAUCCGAAGCAACCGCCACCGAACGAUCCGAAGCAACCGCCUCCGAAGCAACCGCCACCGAACGAUCCGAAGCAAGCGAAUCAACCCUCGAAUGGUCCCAAGCAAUCGAACGAUUCUAAGCAACGGAGCUAUGUUCCGUGCAAUGGUUGUGCUUGGUCUCCAAAGCAACGUAGCUUUCCUAUAGCAGGUUCAUCACACAAUAUAAUUAAACAAAAAGAUAUAGAGGAGUUGCCAUUAUCUAGUAGUCAAGGAUUGCUUUCAAAAGAUGGGCAGCAAUAG